CGAGUUUGUUGUUUAUCUGCUAUUCUCUGCAUACCAUAUUGUCUGGGAUUGAAUUCCCUGCUUGCAUUCAGUACCCAGUUGUUGCAUUUAGGUUUCUUCGUCCUUAGUCCAACCCAGUGCACGACUGGAUUGGUCUUACGACUGGACCUCGAAGUCACUUUCUUCUCGAUACCCCUUCUAUUGCUCACAGAUAAUUAUAUAUCAACAUGGCUACCCCCACAGUGGCAACCCCGGUGAAGACUCACCAUGGGAUCUUCUCCACCAAGACUGCCGGAGGCCGCAUGCCCCUGACUCCUUCACCACGCACACGGGCUGGAAGUGUGACAUCAAACCCUUCCUCUCCAUUCACACCUCCCUGCGGAGCGCAAGACUCCAGCAAGGAUCACAGCAAGUCCGUCUACAGCGGCAAUCUCUCCUCAUACUUCGCCAAGUCCGUCUCAAGGACAACUCGCAGCUACCGCGAAUCUCCCAAGUCCAACAUCGCUCGCGCUCGCACUCGCAAAUCGCCCAGGCAUCUGGAGCUCGCGGUUUCCGAAUGGUCUCUGACUGGUACCGGUCCUUCCCAGACGCCAUCUAAGGAGCGGCUGCGGAAAGAGGUGACUCGGAAGGAAGUUACCAGAAAGGAAGCUCCCAGGAAGGAAGUGUCGAGAAAAGAGGCACCCAGGAAGGAGGUUACCACUCGGACGAGGCCCGGAAAGACGACCGUUCGUAUUCCGCACACUGCCGGUGACAGAUUCAUUCCCAACCGCACCGCCAGCGAGGGCCUGGUCACAGCAGGCGCAGCCAAGCCGGAGGAGAGCCAGCGGCCGAAGUCCAGCAGCAACGACGGAUCCUCUGUGCUGGCGAGCGCUGCGAGUGCUUUUGACAUUGGUGGUCGCGGGAGCGACGAAGACAUCACUGCGGCUCUCGAAAGCUUGGGACUUGAGGACAGCGAGCCGACAACAUCAUACACCAAACCGGCGCCAGACGCUGUUGCUUAUGAAUCGUCGCUGGCUGACGCGUGUGGAGUCAACCUGAACACUCGCAUCCUUGCCUUCAAGCCCCCGCCUCCCGAGUCCUCGAAGCCGAUUGACUUGCGCGCCCAGUACAACCGUCCCCUCAAGCCUGCCAAGUCACAGGCUGCUCAGUUCCGUCGAAGAGUCCAAACGGCUCCCGAGCGUGUUCUGGAUGCUCCCGGACUUCUGGACGACUACUAUCUGAACCUUCUGGAUUGGAGCUCUGGAAACCAGGUCGCGAUCGGUCUGGAGCGCAAUGUGUACGUGUGGUCGGCUGAUUCGGGAUCGGUCAGCUGCUUGCUGGAGACUUCUCCUGAUACGUACGUGAGCAGUGUCAAGUGGAGUGGCGACGGUGCCUACGUCGGUGUUGGCCUGGGAACUGGCGAGGUUCAGAUCUGGGACGUUGAGGAGGGCUCCAAGCUUCGGAGCAUGUUUGGUCACGACUCGCGCGUGGGUGUCAUGGGCUGGUCCAAGCACACCUUGUCUACCGGUGCCCGGAGUGGUCUGGUUUACAACCACGACGUUCGCAUUGCACAGCACAAGGUUGCAGAGCUGGUCUCGCACACCUCGGAAGUCUGUGGCCUGGAGUGGAGGCCCGAUGGGGCUCAGAUUGCCACCGGCGGUAACGACAACCUGGUGAACAUCUGGGAUGCCCGGUCUCUCAGCGCGCCCAAGUUUACCAAGACCAACCACCGCGCCGCUGUCAAGGCUCUGAGCUGGUGCCCCUGGCAGCUGAACCUGCUCGCCACCGGUGGAGGUUCCUACGAUCGCCAUAUCCACUUUUGGAACACCACCACCGGUGCUCGUACCAACAGCAUCGACACCGGCUCCCAGGUCACCAGCUUGAGGUGGAGCAACCACUACCGCGAGAUCGUCAGCUCGAGUGGAUUCCCCGAUAACUCUCUGAGCAUCUGGAGCUACCCCACUCUGGUCCGAAACGUCGAGAUCCCGGCCCAUGAGACUCGUGUCCUGCACAGCUGCCUCAGCCCAGACGGCCAGCUCCUGGCCACCGCAGCUGCCGACGAGAGCUUGAAGUUCUGGAAGAUCUUCGAGCGUAAGGCCGGCACGAAUGCCUCUGCCUCUCGCGAAGGCGGCGUUGGAAGCAAGGCCCAGUUGACCAAGUCUAUGACCAUUCGGUAGAGUGUCUCGUUUUCUGUUUUAUUUCGGUUACUUUUUUUUCUGGUCAUACCUCAUGACCAUGUCUUUUCUUUGGAUUUCGGUAUCGCGGACCGGGUUUGUCUUGAUACCAUUGGGAAUAUCGGUUCAUUAGUACAUGGGGGUUUUGGAAUUCACAGGUGGAAAGGGGAGUUCAUCGGUAAUCGGCGUUUGUAUCUAGGCUCGACCGUAUAUUAGCAGUCAGGUUCUUGUAUAGAAAUUUGCAUAUUAUGAGCAACUCUCGUCUUCUGUUCUUUCUCUC